AUGAUUAGUUCUGAACAAUCGAAUCUACAACAGCAACAACAACAACAACAACAACCGUGGAAAAAGAAAAAGCAAUCAUUCAAAGAAAAGCAAAGAAAAAGCUCAUUCUAUUUAGCGACUUGGUUGUUCUUAAAGAUUCUAUCGGUUGUAUUCUUUAUAUCUUUCUUUUCUUCAUAUAUUCAAAUUAAAGGUUUGGUUGGUGAUGAUGGUAUCUUACCUUUGACUUCAAUACUCGAGUCAAAUGUUGGAACUUCUUCAUCGUCGUCAGUAGCCGAGGUCAAUUCCAUAUGGUUAUUCUUUAUUAAUACACUUGGUCUGAGUGUUAAUACUCUUCUACAUCUGAUAUGCAUUAGUGGAUUGAUAUUCAGUGCACUCUCUAUCUUUACGAUCUCACACUCUGUCUAUCUCGGUUUCAUGUGGUUCUUUUACUAUUGUAUCGUCGAUGUUGGUCAGAUAUUCUAUGCAUAUCAGUGGGAUCAAUUACUUUUAGAGACUGCAUUUUUAGCUAUCUUUAUAUCACCUUUCAACUCGAAAUAUGAUGAGAAACCAUCUCAACCAAUUAGAUAUCUAUUAAAAUGGUUAUUGUUUAGAUUAAUGUUUGGUAGUGGAAUUUCAAAGUUGACACCGAUUUGGUCAUCUCUUCAGGCAAUGUGUUAUCAUUAUGAAACUCAAUGUAUACCCAAUGCUUUUUUUCAUACCAAACAUUCUCAAACAGAAACUACUGGAUCUCGAACAGGAGCGAAAUCGAUCGUAUCAAGUGAAACGACCGGAUUUCGGUCUGUCCAGUAUCAACUCAAAGAAUCUGUUGGUGCCCUUUGUAUUUAUAUUGGUGGGAACAUCGUCGAUCUACUCGACGACGCGCUACCUACAACGCCAGUCGGUACCGGUGCUGAUCCAGCGUGUGCAUAA